UCGGGUUAGGGAGUUCAACCCACCCAUUUGAAAGGGGGUUGCAAUACACGCGCUGAAGAAGGACGUGGACCACAAGAGCUUCCCUCCUUUCCUAUCUUUCCGCGAACCUGCACGUGUCAUUGCUUCACGUUGAGCUGGCUCCCCAUUCACGUGGCGUAUUCCCACUGGCCCAGACCAGUCCCUUAGUAUCCCAUCUCAGCCGUCCGUGUGAUCCAACACAAGCCGACAUCACCACUGUAUGACCGUUCGUGGAAGUUAAAGACUUCGCAAAGAGAGAGAGAGAAAGAGAGAGAGACUCUCUUCUCUGCAGUCUCUGGUGCUGGUUUGAUUGUUUAGAGGGUGUUGUUUCCCACUGAUGUUCCCAAAUCAAGGUUGCAGUACAUAUCCAAAGUACAGAUCAAAUGCCCUCAUUAAAAAUGAAGACCAAACUGAGCAUGGGCUGUUUCAAAGAAAAAAAUGGUCUUCAUGUAUGUCAAAAGUCAAGUACAAUUUCCAAAAAAUCAUGCUCAUAUGUCAGGAUUUCUGAACACACAGCAGAUUUUGACACAUGUAUUCAUGAAUGUCAGGAUGUUUCUUCGAGCGCACAAGUGUCCAUAAAGAACAUCGAAAGUGAUGGAGCCAUUGACCAUGAAGAAUUUCUGGAAGAAGAAAAUUCUCAGUUUCAGAACCAGCCAUCAUUUUUUGUUGAUUCUGCAACUAUUGGGAGAAUGGAAUCUACCCACAAUUCAAACCUAGAGACGAUUUUCUCUCCUGCUUUGGAUCCCAUUGCCAACCAUACUGAACCAAAAGCUGAUGAUGAUGCAGGGAACAACAAAGAUCCUGACAUGCCAGGGUUGGGAGCUAGUGAGAGUGACUAUAACAGAAGCUCAUCUGACUACCAAAGUUGUGAUGUUUCAGAUUUCUACGUCUCUGAUAUGAUUGUUGCUAGCUUACCCUACAAUGGAACUGCAUUUGAUGAUGAUCAUAGUGAGGCAAAUUGUUUUCUUGAUUAUAAAUGUGCUGAGCCUAGUUUGUUGUUUGAUGUGGCCGAGCAAUAUAUGAUGCUACCCUUCCUCGAGGACACUGUUAAAACCAGCGAUAUUAACCAUGCUAAAUCAUGUGAAGAAGCCAUGUUGGGUUCCGAUGAUACUAGCUUGUACCUAGCUAUUGACCAAAUGAGAUCCUGCAACCAGGAAUUUGAUGCUAACUAUGAUGCAGAUCAGGGAGAGUGCUUUGAUCCACAGGUGUUCAUAAAAAAUUUACCGGAACUCUCAGAUGUGGUAGCAAACUUUCAGCCCACUAUAUUGCCAGAGGAAACUCAAAACAGGAAACGUGUAACACUAGUACUUGAUUUGGAUGAAACACUUGUCCACUCUACAUUAGAACACCGCGAAGAUGCAGACUUCACCUUCACUGUUUUCUUCAACAUGAAAGAGCACACUGUAUAUGUAAAACAAAGGCCUUAUCUUCAUAAGUUCUUGGAGAGAGUUGCGGAGAUGUUUGAAGUUGUUAUUUUUACUGCAAGCCAAAGCAUUUACGCAGAACAACUUCUUGAUAUACUGGAUCCAGAUGGGAAGCUUAUAUCUCGCCGAGUUUACCGUGAAUCGUGCAUUUUUGCAGAUGGCAGUUACACUAAAGAUUUGAUAGUUUUAGGUGUUGAUCUUGCAAAAGUUGCCAUAAUUGAUAAUUCUCCUCAGGUUUUCCGGUUGCAAGUCAAUAAUGGGAUUCCUAUAAAGAGUUGGUUUGAUGAUCCAUCGGACUCUGCACUAGUUUCUUUACUUCCCUUCUUAGAGACCCUGGUUGAUGCUGAUGAUGUCCGUACGAUCAUUGCCAAGAGAUUCGGUUUCUACUCUUGGAUCAUGUGAAAGUACUGCUAUGAAUUUGAAUUAGAAACUUAUGAGAUGAUACAUGGGCAAAUGGAUGAUAGGGGUAGUGAUAUAGAUGUGAAUCUAUGUUUGAGUUGAGGAUCAAGAAUUAUAUGGAUGGGAGCAGCUCCUGAGUUAACGAAUCCGUUGAGAGACCAUUGAGCAGAUUGUGAAGGGAAAAAUGGUCCAAACUGCACAUCUACUACACUGAAGAAUUAUUGGAGAGACAAAGAUGAUGAGUUAUGGGUGUAUAAUUUAGCUGAUUAUCGCCUGCUUGUCAUGAUCUUCUGCCUGAAUCUAAUAAUCUAUUACACUUUCACA